AUGUCCACUGAAGUUGUAUCUGGUGCUAAUGUCACUCCAAAGCUGUCUAAUCAGGAAACUAUUUCUCAGUUCAACACCAUGAAGCAGGAACUUCAAGCUAUUGCUCAAAAGAUUGGCGAACUGGAGCUGGAAAGAGAUGAAUACCAGCUGGUAAUAGAAACAAUUUCUCCGUUGAAUGGAGACCGCAAGUGUUUUCGUCUUAUCGGCGGUGUCCUUGUGGAACGUACCGUCCAAGAUGUUCUUCCUGCUGUCAAGCAAAACAUGGAUGGGAUUAUGACUCUUAUUAAGCAACUGGCUACAAGCUACAAGAAGCGAGAAGAAGAAGCUGAAGCCUUUAAACAAAAAUACAAUAUCAAGAUUAAGGCAUAA